AUGAUUUGUAUUAAGUUGUUGCUAGUGGUUUUUGGUUGCCUCGUUGCUGGCAGCCAGGCCAAUCCGCAAGUGGUUAAUAAUAGCUUAGCCAUUGAUUCAGCUGACCUUGUAAGUAAUCCGUGCCAGGAUGUGCGCCUCGGUGGAUUCAUCUGCGUCGAUUGUUCGACGCUCGGCUUCUGUUCGCAUGUCGAUGACCAGUGGCAGACGGUCUCCAUAACCGAGUGUCAGACGGAGCGUGGCUUCUACUGCAGCGAUGAGGGUACCUUUGGGUGCACCUGGCAGCCCAAGUGUCAAGUGCCGGUGCGCGGCAAGUUCUUCUGCCAAUCACCUGGCAUCUUUCCGGAUCCGUACGACUGUCGCAACUAUCAUGUGUGCAACGAGCAGAAUGUGGAUACACGCCAUCAAUGUACCAAUGGAGCCGCCUACUCACUGCUUGCAAACAGCUGCAGCUUGCCCCGAGAGAGUGAGCAGUGCACUGAGAAGCAAUACGAGUGCAAUUAUGUGGGUCAAACGGGCGUUUGGCUCUCGAACAGCAACUACUACUAUAUCUGCCAGAAGGAUAGGCAAGGCGAUCAAGAUGUCUUUUAUCCGCUAAUGAUGAAAUGCAGCGAUGACUACAGUUUCAAUGGACAUAGCUGUGUGCCCAACAUUAAGUUCAUAGAACCCAGUUCACUAAUGACACCGGAGAAGGCAGAGCUCUGCGAGGAACUCAAAAUGUAUCCUACAGAAAGCCUGCAUGGGUAUCUUCUGUGUCACAAUGGAGAACUAACCUCUUAUACAUGCCCCGUAGGUACCACCUUUGAUGGGCAUAGUGGCAUAUGCAAACCACAUUAUGUUGAUUAAUAUAUGUAUGUGUAUAUUAAAAUAUUUUCACAAUAAAGUCAUUAAAGCAAAACAUUAAAUUAGUUCAUAAUUUGCAUUAGUCUGGCUCUCAUAUCAGGGAUGACACAUUACACAUUCUUAUCAAAUACAUGGAUGAUUUUUAUAAUUUGUGCAAUCGCUUUUAAUUAGUACCCUUAACAUUUCGGGGCUCGUGCUUAUCUCAUGUUAUUUAAACUGUUGCUCGAAGAGCUCAAGAAUCAAUAUUCUUCAUAGAAUGAGUGGAUUUAGGUUGUUGCUGAUACUGUUGCUGAGCAUCCUAACUGGCUGUCAGGACACAGGAGUUGUAGCCAAAGAUGUGCCAUGUGAAAAUGGAAUGCUUUAUCCGGCAGAUCCACCGUUUUCCUAUUACUACUGCAUUAAUGGGGAACCACAGUAUGAGCCCUGUCCAGUUGGCACUUACUUUGAUGCCACAUUUCUCAUGUGUCGCCAUGGCCAGCAGACUAACACGGACACAAGUCUGGACAAGUCUGGAGUUUGUCAACGUGGUGGUAUGACUGGUGAUUUGACCGAUUGCAGUCGUUAUUAUCACUGCGAUAGGAAAGGAGCCGAUUUGAAACGUGGCGAUUGCCCACCGAAUCAGAUAUUUGAUCUGACCAAGUUUUCGUGUGUUCCAGGCAAAUGUUAAACUUUGUGAAACUUUAAUUUAUACGUUAACAAAACUUAGAUCUAAUAA